AUGUCCUCAGAAGAAAGCUUCUACGUGGGCAAAUGGACCGAUGAAGAAGCAGACUAUGUGGCUGGCUUGAUUGAUAACUUCGAAGCCGGUACCCUCAACGACGUGCCUGAUGGUACAACCUUGAGGGGCUAUCUCGCCAAGAUGGCUGCAAAAAGGGCAAAGAAGCUUGAAGACCUCCGUGUGACAUUCUUGAAGAGCCGCAAAGCUAUCCUCAAGGCUUCUUCAGGUGCAUCAUUCGCCAAGAUGAUAAAGAAGACAGCUGAUGAAGCAACUUCGAAAAACGCCAGGGGCUGCGCUGUUGCUGCAGCCCGCAACCAGAGGCUUGGCCAGAAUGCUACUGGCCCCGCUUCCAACAGAACCAUUGUGGGCCAGGGCCGUACAAUCAAUUCCAUUCUUCUGUCGGCAAAUCCUCUGAACCCUUCUGUUGUUCUGGAUGUUCAAAGUGGCCCCUCAGUUCAUUCCAAUGUCUUGGCCCCUCGCACACAACUUCUUAUUGUUGAAAUUCCUUCGGCGUCCAGCAGCAGCGGUGGUCUCUUAGGUGCUUCCCUUGCCAGAUCUACACAUGGCCUCCAGCAACUGAGGGAUUCUUCAUUCUCGAGACUCAGCAGUGCUAGUACCACCACUUUGUCAGCCCCAGCAGCGACCAGUGCUCCCACAUCCUUCUCUGUGAGCAAUGGCUUGACCCCUCUGGGGGUUCAGCUCGCAGAGUUCCUCCAGAGGAAGCAGCAAGAAGCUGCAGCAGAGCAGAAUCGAAAGCAAGAGGCUAUUCGUUCCCUGCUCUCUGCUGUUGCCGCGGCCGCGUGCAAUGGUUCCAGUGCAACUCGUCGCAACCAGCUCCAGCGUUCGAUCUAG